GCGGAGUCCUCCCAAUCGUGCUCCUUUCUCACCAAACUAGGCACGAACUAACUCAAGCUGUACACCGAGCUAGCUAACAAACCAGCUGCACUGCUACAGUAUGUCUAGUAGCCGAGACGAGAUCAAGACCACGAGCUUGAUCCAAGGCCAUGUCGAGUUAUUCCGCCUCAUGUUCAGCCACCUCAAGUCGCAGGCGCUCAGAUGCGCCGGCAAUCUAGGCAUCCCUGGAGCCAUCCACCGUCGCGGUGGCGCGGCGACAAUCUCCGACAUCAUUACGGAGACCGGGCUCCCCCAAUCGAAGCUCCAACACCUCCGGCGUCUCAUGCGCGUGCUCGCCGUCUCCGGCGUCGUCGCAGCCAGCAACCAGCCGCCGUCGUCAGCCGCGGAGUCGUGCACCGGCGACACCAUCUACACGCUCACCCCGGUGUCCUCCCUCCUCGUCGGCGGCGAGGGGGCCUCGCCGUUCGACAUGUCCGCCCUGCUGCGCGCCUUAAUGCGCCCCACUACGACGGCCAUGUUCUUUCACCUGGAGGAGUGGUUCAGGGACGACACCGGCGCGGAGUCGCUCGUCCACAUGGUGCACGGCUCGUCGCCGUGGACCCUGACCAAGAACGACACCACCCUCAACACCGCCCUCAACGACGCGUGUGUCGCCGAUACCAACCUGGUCAUGCAGGUGGUGCUCACGGAGGCCGGCGACGUCUUCCGCGGGAUCGGCUCGCUGGUCGACGUCGGCGGCGGCCACGGAGCGGCCGCGAUUGCCAUCUCCCGGGCAUUCCCGCAGGUCAAGUGCACCGUGCUGGACCUCCCGCACGUGAUAAGCCAAGCGCCGGAGCAUAGCACGGUGCAGUUCGUCGCCGGGGACAUGUUCGACUUCAUUCCACCAGCAGAUGCCAUUUUCCUCAAGGGUGUUAUGGAUAGUUUCAGUGAUGAGGACUGUGUCAAACUACUUCGACAGUGCAAGAAAGCAAUUCAUAGGGACAGUGCCGGAGGAAAAAUCAUAAUCAUAAAUUCGGUAAUUGGAUUUGGGCCGCAGGACGAUGUUGUCAGAGAGGCGCAAGUUUUAUUUGAUUUGUACAUGAUGUGUGGCAACGGGGCCGAGCAAGAAGAGCAUGAAUGGAAGAGGAUCAUCUUAGAAGCUGGAUUCAGCGAAUUCAAAGUCGUGGCAACAUUAGGUCUAGUAUCUGUCAUCGAGGUUCUCCCCUAAAUAAGCCCUUGAGGAAACAAUAAAGCGUUUUGCUCCAUGAAGUUUGCACAAAUCUUAAAGCUCCUAAUAAUUAAUUUUAUUUUUUCUCGAAUGGGUACUGUUUGGGCCCAGCCCUACCCGGCCGUGCCCUCAUAAGGCCCGGUCCAAGUCCAAAGCCUAGUACUACCUCCUUUCAAA